GCGUGGAGGCUGAGGGGCUGAUGGCCGCCAUCGGCGUUCACCUGGGCGCUACCUGUGCCUGCGCCGCCGUCUAUAAGGAUGGUCGCGCCGAUGUGGUCGCCAACGACGCCGGGGACAGGGUCACUCCUGCCGUGGUGGCCUUCUCGGAGAGCGAGGAGGUUGUUGGCUUAGCUGCAAAGCAGAGCAGGAUAAGAAACAUCGCAAACACCGUAGUGAAAGUAAAGCAGAUCCUCGGGCGAAGCUCUGGUGACCCCCAGGCAGAGAAAUAUAUUGCAGAAAGCAAAUGUUCUAUAAUUGAGAAGAAUGGAAAACUUCAAUAUGAAAUCGAUAAUAAACUUAUUAACCCAGAAGACGUCGCAAAACUAAUUUUUAGUAAAAUGAAAGAAACUGCUCAGUCUGCAUUGGGUUCAGAUGUAAAUGACGUUGUUAUCACUGUACCAUUUGAUUUUGGAGAGAAUCAGAAAAAUGCCCUUGGGGAAGCAGCUGCAGCUGCUGGAUUUAAUGUUAUGAGAUUAAUUCAUGAACCGUCUGCCGCUCUCCUGGCUUAUGGAAUUGGCCAAGAUUCACCCACUGGGAAAAGCAAUGUGUUGGUUUAUAAACUUGGUGGAACAUCGCUUUCUAUCACGGUCAUAGAAGUAAACAGUGGAAUAUAUCGUGUGCUUGCUACAAACACAGAUGAUAGCAUUGGCGGCGUUUGCUUCACAGAAGCUCUGGCACAACACUUAGCUUCUGAAUUUCAGAGGUCUUGUAAACAUGAUAUUAGAGGAAAUCCCAGAGCCAUGAUGAAGUUAAUGAACAGUGCUGAUAUUGCAAAGCACUCGUUAUCAACCCUGGGAAGUGCAAACUGUUUUGUAGAUUCACUGUAUGAUGGAUUGGAUUUUGAUUGUAAUGUGUCCAGGGCCAGAUUUGAACUUAUCUGUUCUUCACUCUUUAGUAAAUGUGUAGAAGCAAUUAAAAAGCUCUUGCAGCAAGUUGGAUUUACAGCAGAUGAUAUUAAUAAGGUAGUUCUGUGUGGUGGGUCUGCUCGAAUCCCAAAGCUACAGCAGCUGAUCAAAGACAUUUUCCCAACUGUGGAAUUGCUGAAUUCGAUUCCUCCAGAUGAAGUUAUUCCCAUUGGUGCAGCCAUAGAGGCAGGAAUUCUGCUAGGGAAAGAGAAUCCUUUGUUGGAAGAAGAAGCACUCUUUAUUGAGUGUUCUGCCAAAGAUAUUCUUCUGAAGGGAGUAGACGAGUCAGGGGCUGACAAAUUCACGGUGCUAUUUCCAUCAGGGACGCCGCUGCCGGCUCGAAGGCAGCACACCCUGCACGCUCCUGGAAACACCUCUUCUGUCUGCCUUGAGCUGUACGAGUCACUGGGGGAAAGUCCCGUGAAUGAAGGAGGGAAAUUUGCACAGAUUGUACUCCAGGAUUUAGAUAAGAAAGAGGAUGGCCUACAUGACAUACUAACUGUUCUCACUAUGAAAAGGGAUGGGUCCUUGCACGUCACCUGCACAGAUCAAGAUACUGGAAAGUGUGAAAUCAUCACUGUUGAAGUGGCGUCAUAGUCUCCUUUGAAAGGCAACGCUCUUUGAAGUUGAUUUUUGUCUCCUGUUGGCUUUUCUUGCCAAAGUGGUGACUCUCUCCAAGAUGAUCUAGGUGAUUCUUAGAGGACUGUAAGAAACUGAAGUAAAACAUUAAUCCGUCACCGAGUCUGUUUGGAGUGGAAAGCCUGGUGUUAGUCAAGGCACACAGCAGAGCAUUGAAUUACCAGUGCCUCUUCAAAAUUCAGAGGACAAAACUCAUGCUUGUGGUUCAGCAACAAGCAUAUUGCAUAGUCUAAAGAUUUUUUUUUUCCUUGGACUAAUUAUAUCAGUAUAUCUGGCUUCAGCAGCAUAGCAUUGAACCAAGGACUGUACCAAACUGUACUCAAGUCCUGUGUGGUCCUGAUGUUGCCUGAAACCGUGGAGGUGAUGCCCAUUUGCACUGGCCUCUUGAGUGGGACUUUUUUUCUGGAGCUACCACAAAAUGGUUUUGUGGUGUUACCUGAAAAAAUAUGUGCUUAUUUAUGUGUUAUUAAUAAAAUGGUUUUUAUGCAGAA